GGAAGACCCAGAGGCCGCAGCCGCCGCAGAACUUCCAAGAUGGCGGAAAUCUUAAAAGAACCGUUAACGGCGCUUCGAGUCGACAUCCGCUUUUAACUAACGUCGCACGUCACGAAAGCAAACGAUGUUAGAUUUUCCGGUGUUUCGGGUGUUUACCGUCGCUGUCAUGCAGAAAACUACGCAUUCGGAGCGAUGAAGAUACAACUUUCGAAAUGAAAGAUAUAAUUUACCCAAGUCAUUAAUUUGUAAGAAUGAAACGAGCAGAAGAUUUAGAUCAAGUAGCAGACGAAUUUCGUUACGUCAAAAAAGAUAAAAAGGGUUUUUCCGAUAAAACUCCUUUAUUAAAACACGCCAGAUUAUUCCGAAAUCUUAGCGGAGAUAAUCAGUUUAACUUGCAUAAACAUGAACAGGAAUCUCAUUCCGAUGGGAGAAUGCUUCGUACCUUGUCCGGAGUAUUCAUCCCCGUUUGCUUGUCCAUGUUCAGCUCCGUUCUCUUCCUCCGAAUUGGUUUUUUGGUGAGCCAGUCAGGAGUUUUGAUAACAGCUGGUCAAAUGGUAUUAGCUUACAUCAUUUUACUUUCAACAGUACUAUCAAUAUGUGCAAUAUCAACCAAUGGUGCAGUAGAAGGAGGAGGAUUAUAUUUUAUGAUCAGCAGAGCUCUUGGACCAGAGUUUGGAGGAAGCAUUGGAACACUUUUCUUCAUUGCUAAUGUUUUUUCUAGUGCAUUAUAUCUAACUGGUUGUGUAGAAGGCAUUGAGUAUAGUUUUGGACCAUCAGGAAGUUUGGUUUCAUUACUUCCUGGUGGAAGAUGGUAUAAAUUUCUGUAUGGCACCAGUCUAAAUGUUUUCAAUUUAAUCAUCUGCUUGGUUGGAGCAACCUUAUUUGCUAAGAUUUCUUUUAUUAUUUUUAUUAUUGUUAUGGUUAGUACAUUAUCUGUGAUCAUAUCUUUUUUUGCAAAAUCAUCAAUGAUGGUGACAAUACCUAUAGAAAAUACAUAUGCUCAUGAUAAUAACAUCACAUCUGCUCCUUAUACAAGUUUCAAUACAACAACGUUUCUGGAUAAUACUUGGUGUAAGUAAACUAUUUUAUUAAAUGUAUGACUUUGAUAUAAUUCUAUGAUUACAGCGCAUUUAUACGUUUCUCAAUUGUACAUUAUUUUGCAAUUAUAUGUUAAAUAUUUUCUGUACAGUACUUUCUCCAUUAUAAAAACACUUCAGUUAUAUGUUUGUCAUUUAUGACUUCACAUUCAUAUAUCAUAUUUUUCAAUAUCUUACAACAUUUAUGCAUUAUUCACUUUGAAAUGGAAAAAAAUUAAAGAAAUUAUUAAAAAUAUGAAAACUGUAACUGUGGACUAACCUGAAGCAUUUGUUACAGUGACACACAUUAAUAUGUAACAUGUGAUGCCAUUUUGACAUUUUCCUGUUCAGCAAAUUACUUCACCAAUCUGAUAUGUUGAAAAUUUUCACAUUCUAUGUUUUUUUGUAUGAAUCAAUUUCACUAAGUGAAUAAAAAUUACUUUUCAGUUUCUUAUUCAUUUUCACUAGUUGCUGUCAGUAUAAACUAAUCUUUAAUGAGUAUGUUUAAUGACAUGGAUUCAAGAUUUAUUUCAAAUAGACUUUCCCUAGUGAAAAUGAAAGCAGAAUGUGAUUUAUUUUUUUCACAGUAAAUUUGAUUCUUAUUGUAAUCUUGCAAAACAAGCAGCAAAAUGAUCACCUAGUCAUAUAUAAAUGACAGCAAGAAUCAUUAAAACAAAUGGUGACUAAUAACAGCAAAUUAUUUUUAUGCUUGCUUUGUCCACUUCUUAAUGAAAAAAAGAAAAUUUCAAACUUAAUUACAAUUAUAAGAAUGUAAUUAGAAAGUAUGUUCUUUUUAAAUUGUUGAGCUUCCAGUAGGUUGAAAUCCAUAGAGACAAUAAAUAUAUAUAUAUAUUCUAAGGACUCAAUCAAUGACCAAACACAUGUGCACGAAAAUGACCAAAAAAAAAAGGUUUAUUUUAACAGUACGAUAACCAUAAGAUAAUUCCUACCGCUCAAGUUUACACGAUAUAUGAAUUAUCAACUUAAAACUAACAAAAUUUACAAUACUAUAUAUACA